AUGGAAACCAUAGAAAAAUCCCACAAUGUAUCUGUGUCUACUGAAAUACCACUAUCUAUGCGAUUCUUGCACAAACCUAGACGCUCAGAGGAAUUGUAUAUCAAAUCCAACGAUCAAACCCAGGCUAACAGUAAAUUAAAUGCUCGACCCAUUCGCAUAGACGAUUCAUCUGAUCCAUCACCUACAAGUUUGGAUUAUUUUAAUUUAGAUGGUGGUAUUACUAAUACUAAAAAUGGCACCCCUCCAGUUUUUUCACCUGAGGAAUUGUCGGACUACAAAUUGGUUCGCAAAAAAUCAGGUGAACUUGUUAAACCAUCUUUGAAAAGUCCCCUUUAUUAUCACAAAAAACGAUCACUAUCAUUACCAUCCACUCCUACCUAUAAACAAGUGCAUUUUGGUGGUUCGACCGAUGUGCGUUAUUUCCAUAAAAAAGAUAGGCCAGCAGCUAUCUCAGCUUCAAAUUCACCCAAAUUAGACCCAGCCGAUGAUGAUGAUGGUUACGAUUAUUCUGAUGAUGACGAUGAUGAUGGCUAUGAUAACGACUCUUGUGAUUCUGAUCCUGAAAGCAUCGACUUCAACAAUAAAAGUUUUGGAUUCGAUCAUCAUGAUGAGGAGAAACGUCAACGACAACGGCAUCAAGGUCUUCAUUCUCGCACCGACACAAAGUACCCAAAGAAAUUGGAAGGGUUGAUUGAUUGGCAAUUGAAACUUACCAAUUUCCCACCAUUAUCGUAUUUGAAAAAGAUUGAAAAUGGGACUCCAGUUUUUUUGGAAAAAAUAUUCAUAUCCGGUGAUAGAAAAUACUUAUUGGGCCAUGUGGCCGUACAAAACCUUGCUUUUGAAAAACACAUUACCAUUCGUUACUCGUUGGAUAACUGGAUGACAGUGAUUGAACUCCCCACUAACUAUAUCGAAGAAAGACCUGAGGUUUUGAAAUUGAAUGAUUACGAUCGAUUUGGAUUUAAAAUUCCAUUGAAGAGCUUGUUUAAUAGUUUAAAGUUUUCCACAAAUUCAUCUACCGAUUCUUUGGACGCUAGUAGCAAUGAAGAUGACGGCACUGGUACUCACGAACGAACUUAUCAAUUGUGUAUAAAAUAUGAGACUAACAAUCAAGAGUAUUGGGACAAUAAUGGAUCCAAGAAUUAUGAAGUUAAAUUGGUUAGGUCAUUCAAACAAAUGCCGGAUGUCACUAAACCAUUUAUAAGAAAGAAUGUAGGUGUUGUUGGUACCAAGAUUCAAGAGCAUGCUCGGAAACCAAGAUAUUCAAACUCCUAUCUUAAGCGAGUUGCAUCUGACUCGGCAAUAGCUACUAGCAUGAAUUCAAAAUCUAUUACAGAAUCAACUGCAAUAGAACCCGCAACUUCUGGUUUGGAAUCACCUUCGGAAACUUCAAUUGUGGAUUCCAGUAGUGGGCUGAGUAAUUUUUCUGAAAUUAGCGAUUUCGUCAAGAAUAAUUAUUAUUUGUCGUCACCUUUAUUAUCAUCAUUACACAAAUCCCCUGAUUUAUCAGAAGAUUAUUUUGGUCAAAAUUCAAUUAAAUCACCAGCAUUGACUCCAGAAAAUACAAGUUCAGCAAAAUACAAGACCAAGUUUAAACCUCAUUUAUCGAAAUUGGAUACUUCGGAUUUUAAUAGAAAUUUCGUUGAUGAAAGUUUGAAACUGGAUCAUGGAAAACAACCACUGCAACUUGAAAAAGAAGAAAAUCAAGGCUUAGGAAUUAAAUCCCAACAAGUUAAUGGGAAAAGUGAUUCUCAUAGUAGCAAAUCCAAUAAAAAACAAGAUUCUACCGGUUCGAAGAAAAAGAGUUCUUCUUUAGGGCCUUCGUUUUCUGGGUUGUCUGCAGCAAAUAGAACAAAGUUUCUUAAUUCUAAAAGUUAUAAGGAAUUAUUGGAGAAUUAUUGUUUUUUCUCCUCAAAUACUGCUAGUGGUGUUGAUGCUACAAUUACUGUAGGUUCUAAUGGUCAACCAAGGACCAAUAAUAAUAAUAACAAUAAUGGUGGUGGCAGUCGAAAUAGCAGCAGUAGUAGCAACAGCAGUUCUGAAAGUAACAACAGUAAGACUAGCACCAAUGAUGGUGAUGAAAAUGUUAAAGUUGCAAGAGAGAAUUCGUUCACCAUUUCAUCGUUUUUGGGAACAUGA